AACCCCACGGGAUCCGACUUUCAAAGCGUUGAUGACGUUCUAUGAUACAGCAAAUAAUGUCUCCAGGCACAGAACGCGAAAGCUCCUACAUUCCAGCGGCCUACGGUAACAGCUGUCAAGCCUGCGCCCAUGCCAAAUGCAAGUGCUUUUACCAACCAGGAGGGACGGCCUGCGAGCGGUGUUCCCGGCUUGGUAAGCGGUGUGAACCCGGAACCACCAGCCGCAAGCGUAAAGCUGAAGGUUCUCAUCACCAACUACCAACACCAAAACCUUUGACCACGCCUUCGAGGUUGGAGGAUAAGCUCGACGACUUGGUAUCACUACUACGUACCCAAGUCGAAAAACAAGCCACCCAUUCCCAGUCGUCACAUCCAUCAACUGUGGAAAGCACGCCGUCAAGUAUUGGACCGGUCACAGUUACCGAUUAUCAGCCGGAAGUGGUGGUUGACAUCGAGAACAAUUAUGUGCAACUGUUGAGGCCCAUAGGCCCAUCCACAACGAGGUCACCUGUCCAAGAAGAUGUCGCAAUUCAUCAUAUACCGGAUCUCAAAUCGAAUGAGCAAUUAGCCACCUUUCGUCGAGCGUUUCUACCAAUGUUCCCUUUCGUACACAUUCCUAGUUCCCUAAACGCAAGCGAGCUCCGUCGUGCGAAACCUUUCCUGUGGCUGAACAUCAUGGCUCUGACAACAAUGAUAGUCUCACAGCAGUUUGCGAUAGAGGAGACGAUAUGGAAGAUCAUCUCGCAACGAAUUGUUGUGCAGCACUUCGCAGAUCUGGAUUUAUUGCUUGGACUAAUUUGCUUUGCUUCUUGGUCUCACUAUUUCAAGAAAGAGAAACCGUUCAUGACCAUGCUCGCUCAGCUGGCUGUCUCGCUCUCACUUGAAUUAGGCUUACACACAGAAGUUCCUGCCAAAUAUGAAAGGGUUUCUAAACCACCUCAGACUAAGGAUCAGCAACCUAAGCGCCGUUCGUUGGAAGAGCGACGCACCAUGUUAGCCGUGUUUCAUUUGACAUCUGCUACAUGGGCCGCCUAUCGAAAGACAGAGCCUUUGAAAUGGAGCCCUUACCUCGAUUCCUGCUUACGCAUCAUCUCCGGCGAUGGGGCUCAGAAUGAAACCCGACUAGAUGCCGUCUUAGCUGCGCAAAUAAAAUGUCAUUUCAUCACCAACGAGUUGCUUUCAGAUAGCCAUGACGACACGAGGUUGACCACGGAUGCUGUACGGAGAUCUCCUAUGUUGACUACGGCCUUGCUAAGACAACUCAACGAUAUACAGCAGAGCCUACCGGUAGAGGCGCGCUCAUUAAAUACUGUUCAACUAUAUAUCUACAACUCUGAACUCUCAAUACGAGAGUACGUGUUACGGAAGCCAAUCAACAAGAUGGCAACAGCCGAUAUGCAGAGGUUGAAAGAUCUUGACUCUUGCCUAACAGCUGUUGAAGGUUGGCUGUGCGCCUUCACUGAGUUGCCUCUAGUUGACGCGAUUGGCACUCAUGUUGACAACUUCACACAAUUUCUUCACAGCAUCGUCGUGCUUUUCAAACUGUCAACCUUAGAAGAAGCUGGGUGGGAUCUUGAGGAAGUGAGAAGCCGCGCUGAUAUUUUCGGAAUUUUGGACUCUACAAGUCGACAGAUCGAAGGCAUUGUGGAUGUCAAUGGAAUGGUGGAUGCGGAUGGCCCACGGAGCGGUCUUUUCUUCAAAGCCAAAUAUCUGUGGCGGGCCAUCAAGGCUCUACUCCAGGCCGAAAUGCCUGCACAUCUGAGCAAGUCUGCGGACGCUGACAACGGAGAUGCACCCGCCACACUGGUGGAGGAAAUUCCGAUGGAUGAUUUCAUGAUGAAUCUUGCUUACGAGCCGUGGUUAUCGGACAUAUUUAUUGACGACUGGGCACCGGCCAUGUCCUUCGAAAUGCCUCUGGAGGGGUAUGAUAGCAGAUAACAACUCAAAGUGGCAUGAUAAAAAAGGUUAUGUCACACUUUCUUGCCAAAGAACACAAUACAAAAAGAUGUUGUGUAGCUUGGCGACAAACGGGUAUAAGAUUUCCGAACAGUUGCCUGGUAUUAUUACUACUACAAGCAGUACAUAGGAGGGCAGAUCUAAAUCCAUGACAUGUACUUGAACUUCGUCUCGAGGGCUCAAUUUCAGUAACUUUCCCCAUCUCCGAUAUAAUACCACGUUAUCGAAGUGACAAGUCGUAGG